AUGUCUGAUGACAUCAUAGCAGAAGACAUUGAUGGAAUGGGGAAUUUGAGAAUCACAGACAAAGGUCUAAAACUAGAAGGAGACUCAGAAUUCUUGCAGCCUCUCUAUGCCAAAGAAAUCCAGUCCCGACCAGGUAAUGCCCUAUACUUCAAAUCAGCCAGAAAUGUUACAGUGAACAUUCUCAAUGACCAGACUAAAGUGCUAACUCAGCUCAUCACAGGUCCAAAAGCUGUAGAAGCUUAUGGCAAAAAGUUUGAAGUAAAGACAGUUUCUGGAAAAUUGCUCUUCUCUGCAGAUAACCAUGAAGUGGUGGUAGGAGCUGAGAGAUUAAGAGUUUUAG